AUGGCCGUCGACGCUGGUGAUGUGCCACUUAUGGCCAACGGCUCCAACAAGGGCACCGCUGUGCUGGGCAAGAUGCAUUUCCUGGCGCGCGAGGCCAAGUAUGCGCACGAAAAGCCGUACACACUGCGGUACACGCCGGCGCCCGAGAGCGGCCUCCCGCAGACCAACAUUGCGCGCGUCGAGCACCCGAUCGUGUUCCGCGACUGGCGGGGGCGGACGGACCUGCGGUACGACGAGUGCGGGUUUGGGAUGGUGACGCUGGACGACGAGCCCGACGGACGGUUUGGCGAACGGUUGGGCUACGACGACUUCGAGCACAGCGACCGCAUCGAAGGCCGGCAUGCGCCGCGCGUGCUCGAGGCCGUACGGGCGGCUCUCGGCGCCCAGUCGGCCGAGCUGGUCGACUACGUCGUGCGGCGGCGGCAUGCGGCGUGGCCGGUGUCGACGGGCGAGCCGUAUGCGUUCCAGCAGCCGGCAUCGCGCGCCCACAUCGACCAUACGCAUGCCGGGGCGGUGGCCGUGAUCCGGGAAGCACACGGCGCAGAGGCAGAAGCCAUCCUGUCGCGACGGUGGCAGCUAGUAAACGCUUGGCAUCCGCUGCGCGGCCCGUUGGUGGACUGGCCGCUGGCCGUGUGCGAUGCGCGCACAGUGGACUUUGCACGCGACACCAUGGCGGGCGACGUGGUGGACCGGCACCAGGUGUUUGAGAACACGCAGGUGCACUUUGACGCGCGGCAGGCGUGGUACUACUUGCAGCACCAGAUGCCGGACGAGGUCGUCAUUUUCAAGAAUGCCGACAGCCGCGCGCCCCAGGGGGCGUCGCCGGGCGUACCACAUGCAGCGUUCGACAACCCGUUGACGACAGACGACGACGUUCGGCGCGAGAGCAUUGAGAUGCGCAUCCUCGUGCAGUCACUCCAAUCGUCAAAUCAUUACCGGUGGUCUCGUGCCUUCGUGAUUGUCCGCCCACCCGAUACCAUCGCUCUCCUCCGUGUCCGUCAUUGCCGCACAACACGCACCGUCUUGCGCGAGCUUGGCUUGACGUUGGCCGCCGUGCCGUCCACCACGACCGUGUCGCCCUUGGCCACGCCGUAUUCGUUGCCGCUGCUUGUGCUGGCUGCAGUGGCAGUGGCUGCGCCGGGCCAGCUGGCCUUCCACGGCUGCGUCUUUUCGGCGGCCUCGGCGCUCUCGGCGGUAACUCGCGCUGACGGCUUGACAUUCGCGGCAGUGCCAUCGACGACGGCCAAAUCGCCCUUGGCGACGCCGUACUCGACUGGCGGAGUGCUGCUGCCGGAGGCACGCGCCUCGACGGCCGGCCAAGCGGCUUUCCAAGGCUGGAUCUUGUCGGCCAUUGUGUGGCGAGGAGAGGGGGUGAGAGAGAGACAGCAGGUGUGGGUGUGA